AUGGCUACUGGUACCUAUCUCACCCAUUUGUACCCUGAAAUAAAUUCACUCGUAGCUGGAUUUCCGGAUACAGGUGUUGAAUUUCUUUUUACCUUUAACAAGAGACCAUACUGCGAUGGUGAAGCUCUGCUUUCAUCAUGCACUCCGUACUUCAGAAUCCAAAAGUAUCCUCGACCACGACCAGAUGAGCAACCAUUGGGGUAUCCUGAAGAAGACAACGUUCUUUAG